AUGAUUAAGCAUACUCUAAACAAUACUUCUUGCAAGCAUAUACAGAUGUUGGUCUAUACGGUUAUAAGUGGUUCUUCAACUCUCCAACAUUUCCUAGUUAAUAAAAUUGUCACACUUUGUUUGGGUGUUUUCGUCUUUCGUCCGUCCCAAACAUACUACCCCUUGAUUUCCUCUUCUCACCUCACUUUUACAAGAAUCUCACAGCACUUUCCUUAUUUUCACUUUUCUCAUUGUACAGUUCAAGAAUUCUACAAUAUCUUUAUCAUUCUCAUACCACAAUUCCAGGAUUUUACGAUACUUCUUAUAUUUUCUCUUACCACAGUUUUUCUCAAACUUACGCUCAUCACGUCUUCCAAUAAUUUUAAAACUACAUAUAUAUUAAAGAUAGAAUCAAGCGUUAUAUAUGACCAAAUAAAAAUGAAUUUCUUUAAGGCGACUUGGUGUCUCUAUUCUAUCUACAAACUCUCUUUAAAGUAUUUUUAUUAUCCUUUUAUUGAAAUCUUGCUUUCCAUUUUUAUAAAUACUUGUCUUCAAAUCUACAUUAGCGAAGUUGAAAAUAAAGAUUUGACUGCCAAGGUUUUUUGCAUUCUAGUCAGACCUCUCAAUAGAUUGGGAGAAUCAGGGGAGUACGUUUCUCAAUAUCUCAAGUGCAAAGGACGAAAAAUAGUUUAUGGUUUUUAA